AUGGCAUUAACUGAUAGACGCCCUAUGGCUUUAUCAACAAAUACGCCGGUAUCUUCACCAACUUUCAACCCAAAUACCUUGGGUAUUGCUAAAAAAACCAAAACUAGGAACAACAGUUUACCAUUGCACCCUACUGAAAAGGAAGACAUUGAAGACAAAGAGAUGGAAGAGGAUGAUCAGGAGGCGGGUCUAGAACAAGAGUUUCAACCUCGUGCGAACGAAGACGAUGACGACAUGGAAGAUAAUCAUGAUCAGGAUCAUGAUAAUGAACACGAUGAUGAUAACGAUGAUGAUGAUGACGACGAUGAACAGCACUCAAUUGCUUCAGGUUUGGGGAAAAUGGGUAUUGCUAAUGACUCUGAAACUUCCUCAACGUCGAGAAGCACUUCUCCCGAUUCAGUUUUGGACAAGAACAAAUCUGUAACUAGGGAAUCUACCCCACCGACAACAACAUCAACUCCAUCUUCCUCACAAGGUGACUCUGCAGAAAAAGCCGCAACUACCACUACGACUACCACCACCAGCACCACCAGCACCACCAGCACCACCACAAAAAAGGUCAAAAAGGCUAAACCUGUCUCACGAGCACCAAUCGCCACCGGUAUUUCUACCGCUAUUCCUGUAACUGGUGAGAAACCGAAACCACUCCAAAAAGGGGAUGCAUCUUUGGAAGAUGAUGUUUUGUAUGCCAUUUUUGUUAUUCUCUAUGAAAGAGAUCCCCAGGGCCAUGGUUUUACCGUAAAGCAAAUUUGUGAUGUUUUAACUGAAGAACAUCCACAAAUUGCCAAUUUAUCCACCAAGACAUCAAAUUUGGUUAGUGCCAAGUUGAAUGCUUAUGUUAAACGUGUCGAAAAGGGAGACACCAGUUUGAAGUACGCCAUUUCUCGUGACUGGGCCGAUGCAUCACCAAAGAGAAUGGUGUAUGUUUACCGGGGGUUAUUGGCACCAGGGUUUGAGGUUGUGGCUAAGAAGUUGACUGAUGAGUUGAAACAGCAAAGAGGUGAAGAAAAAGCUCAUAAUAUGGCCCAUGAUGAGAAUAACCACCACAAAAGUGAUGAUAACGUCGUUGGUGAUGCAGAUUCCAUUGCUGCUGCUACUGCCAUUGCCGCCGCCACUACUGUUACUGCUGAUUCAAAGUCGUCAGUCGCUACCUCGCCUAAAUCAGGGAAAAGAGCUAACAAAGAGUUACCUCCAUAUACCGAUGAUUCUCUUGAAGCUGGCAAACAAGCAACAUUGGCUAAACCAAGAAGACAAACGAUGUUUGACUUGGGUGUUACCAAGAAUUCAUUUUUCGAAAAUGGAUCAGGAUUUGACAAAACCAAUUUGUUUGUCCCCUAUGCUUCAGCCCCAGUCACGGCUGCUUUAUCCGGUGAUAUCAACAGUAUGACCACUUCAGAUAUUCUGGAAAAGAAUAAGAACGGAUCACCAGACAUGAUGGAUCUUGAUGUGGAUAUCGAAGUUGAUGUCGAUGAAGAAGAUGACGAUGAAUUUGCCAAUGUGUUUGCUGAUUCCGAUGAGGAUGAUAACGAUGACUACUCAGUGAUUGAGACUAUUCGCAAAAAUGGUAAACGAUCAAAAUCGAUGUCGUACUUGUCAAUGACCAAAAAGACAAAAGUGUUGACUGCUGCUGCUGCCGCCCCAAGAGCAUCUCGUGCACCCAGCUCCCAUAGUCCUAAUGCUGCUGCUGCCGCUGCGGCAUUACAUGCAGCUGCACUCAGAGCCAUUUCGAGAUCGUCUGCUUCUACAUCCAAUAACAGCAACAACAACAACAACACUGCUAGCGGUAUAGAAAAUGUUGCUGCUCUUGGCGCUAGUGGCUCUGCUACCUGCACAGGUUCACUCUGCUCCAACAAGAAGUGGUUGAGUGUAAUUAGAUCAGGGUUCUUGAGUCAAGAUAUUGGAGCUCCUGAAGAUACCAGUUUAUCUGACAUUGAGAAAUUCUUUGCCUAG